CAGUAAUUGAUCAAGUAGAGAGGACUUCUAGAAACCCCAGUUGUAAAGAUGACGAUAGUGUAAGACAAAGUAAAACUUCUUGCAGCGCGAACAACAAAGAUUUUACUCACGACAAGUGCUGUAGUGCUAGUAGCACACAAAACUCUACUAGUAGAGGACCGUCACCUCCUACUAAAAACAAGUGUACCGCUAGUAGCACACGAAACUCUAGUAAAAAUUUUCGCCUCUCUACAACUAGAAGUAUAACUACAAGAACAACCGCAAUUUUUAGGGAGAGUAGGAACCCUACCCCCAAAUCCACUAGUACAACGACAAGGAGGACUGGCACAAGUACAAAUUCUAGUGCAUCAACUACAAUUAGGAGUAGUAGUAAUAAUAGAACUACAGUGAGUCCAACUUCAUCGACUAGUACUAAAGAUCCCGCUCCUCUUCCUCCGACGAUUCAUCAAGAAGUUUCUACCUCGAC